AUCAACACCAACUCCACCGCAGAACGUGAAGAUGGCUAUCCCACAACAGGAGGGCAGUCUGUUACGUGCGCCAACAGAUCAAAAGUACGCCACCCUCGAACGCCAACCCUCGUCGUACAAGCCCCUCGAAACAUUCGCGCUGGAGAAGGAAAAACACUACCAGCAGCAAUAUGGCGAUAUGUACUUCUUGCGGCUGACGAAGUUGAAGCCUGCCGUCGAGAAGAUCGCAGAAGAGGCUUGGGAUGGAUUCCAAAUUGCGGGCGAGACGGUGCGGAAGGUGGACAGAGUGCUGGAUGUCAGACAGGGAGAAUUAUGUUGGGUUGCCGGGACGAUUUAUAUGGAGAUGCCGUUGAAACCCAAUAUUUUGGACGAUAUUUCUAAGGAUCAUUGGAUCUCUGCUCCGCCGCCAAGACAGAAGUAUCUGUCGCCUACUGGCGAGGAUCUCACCAUGCUUGAGGAUGAAUCCGGGAGAUUGAGGUUGGUGGGCACACCGCUGGCAAACGAGAUGCUUGUCACAGGAUGCAUCAUUGCUGUGAUGGGUACGGAGAAUUCGAAUGGCGAUUUCGAGGUUGUCGAUAUUAAGGUCCCCGAUUUGCCUCCGCAAACAGAACGAUGGCACACUUCGAGUCCGCCCACCAAUGGAACGCCUAGGAAGAAGAUAAAGUUGGAUGAUGAUGACGAUGAAGACAUGGAUAAACCUGCUCCAGCUGGAAAGAAAAUUGCAAUUGUCUCAGGGCUUGGGUUCUCAGGCACUUAUUCAGAGCAUUCGCUAGAGAUCAACCUUCUUAUGGAGUACCUCCUGGGAGAAGCUCUGGAUUCGGCUACUCAAGAGAGCGUGUCACAAAUUAGUCGACUGAUAAUUGCUGGCAAUUCCAUUGCUCUGAACAACGAAGCGGUGUCUCACGACACCAUUGGUAACACGCGGAAAGCCCACAAGAAAUAUGGUUAUGACAGCAGCGCGUACAAUCCGGCUCCAACAGCGCACCUGGACAAUUUCCUUGCGGCACUACUUCCAUCUAUGCCAAUAACUUUAAUACCAGGCUAUACAGACCCAGCAAAUGUCAGUCUUCCGCAACAACCAAUUCAUUCAGCAAUGUUUCCACAAGCGCGAACAUUCGGCCCAAUGCCGCCUACGGAUGGUCAGCCCAAACAAACUGGCUGGUUUGACACCGUCACGAAUCCUUUUGAUGGUGAAAUUGAAGGCUGGAAAGUGCUUGGGACGGGUGGGCAAAAUGUCGACGACGUUUUCAAGUAUGUGGAGAGUGAGGAUAGGCUUGGAAUGCUAGAGGCAAUGUGUAGAUGGAGGUGCUGUGCCCCCACGGCACCGGACACACUAUGGAGCUAUCCCUUCCAGGAUGAUGAUCCAUUCGUCAUCAAUUCCUGCCCACACUUGUUUUUCGUCGGCUCGCAACCCAAAUUUGAUACCGCCUCAAUCGAAGGUCCUGAUGGGCAAGUGGUUCGAUUAAUCGCUGUUCCUCGUUUCUCAGAGACGGGUGAAAUAGUCCUAGUAGAUUCCGAGACAUUAGAGGCAUCUGUGGUGCGAAUCUCCGUAUCAUGAGGCAUAACAAAUGAAACGCUUCCAUUGGCGGACUCCGCCAUGAAAGUGGUGUAUUUACGCUUGCAACUUUUUGCCCAAAAUAUCGAUAAGAGGACACUCCAUUUGCAGCUUCUUCUUCGUUCUAAGUCUUCUUCCGUG